AUGAAUAAUUCUUUACCAGAUAUUUUUCAAUUGCGGAAUAAUAUUGAAUUUGCGUCAAUAGCACAAUUCUUUCAUACUUUUCAAUCUGCCUUUCGCCCUUGGCCAGUAACAAUUCAAGAUGUAAUCUAUUCGCGUAAUUCAGAUGCCAAUGACUAUGUAUUUGAAACUGAGGAUCUUGAGCGUAUGAUAUUGGAUGCAUCCGAAAGAAUUCGCUUAGAAGACUUGAUUGUCAGAAUGUUACGACUUGUCAGUGGAAAACGCUUCAUAAAUUCAUCCACUUGGCAAAUCCAUUUUUCCAAAGAAUUUCAAAAGAAAUUGCCAGACGAAGAAAAUCCUUUUAUCCCGACCGAUGACGAUACAAACGAACCUGUCAACUUUUUUACAAUGCCAUUAGAUACGAGAAUCCAUUUGUUGUAUUUACUCUGUGAGUGGCAAUUGGAUGAACCAGACAAGUUUAGAGAGCACCUCGAAAGUGAAGAAGAUGCUGUACAAUGGAGAGUCGAUCCAGUUGGCUAUGAUAAGAAGGGAAGCACUUUUUGGUUAUUUGAUGAUAACAGACUGUACAAGGAAACUCCAAAACCAAAGCCUACUAAAAAAUCAAACGCUCGUAAAAAGAAACCUGCACCUACACCAGCAUCUUCCUCCUCUCGUAGAAGCUCACGUAGAAAUACCACAGCGGAAGAGGAGAUCCCACAGGAAGAUAAAAGUGAAGAUGAAGGGGAAUGGAUGCCUUGGAAAUUGGUUUGUGCUACGAAGUGUGAGUGGGAACAAUUUCCUUUGAAAUAUGCCAAUAGUAAAAACGUGGACGAACAGAGAUUCUAUUCGUUGCUUAUUAAUGACCUGAUACCAAAAAUCAUACCUGUGCUUGAAGAGCAUGAGCGAGAAAUCAAAAAGCAAGAGGCCCUCAUCCACCGAAAGAGAAGUUCCCGUAUCAUGAUUAAAGAAUUAGAGGCACUUGAAACAUCUACUGGUAGCUUUGACGAAGACAUGGAAAGAAGAUCAAGAUCAUCACAUAGAAUCGAGAAAAAGACGAUGGAGAAGGAGCAACAGGAGCUAGAGAAUGCAGCAAAAGCAAGAGAAGAGAGGUUGAUGGAGCGUGAAAGAAGGAUCAUGGAACGUGAAUAUAGAGCCAUGGCUCGUGAGAAACAAAGCGAAGAACCAGAUGUACAGCCUCUUCCUUCUCCAGUGAGUGAUGCUGCAAAUAAUCAAGUCUCCAUUAAAAUGAUUGUUAAGGAUGAAAAACCAAAAAAGAAGUAUAAAAAGAAAGAAAAAUUUGACGCUGAUGGAAAUCCUUUACCUAAAAAGGUGAAAUUGGAUGCGGAUGGAAACCCCAUUCCCAAAAAAAAGCGAGGUAGAAAACCCAAAAACAAGGAUUUAGAAGAGGAAAGUUGGAUGUUUGAUUGUGUUUGUGGUGUAUCUGGUAACAAUUUGGAUGAUGGUACGCCCAUGAUUGCUUGUGAAAGUUGUGGAGUAUGGCAACAUAUCAAAUGUCUUCAAAAAUCUGGUCAAGUAGAGAAACAAAAGAGUCUAGAUGAUAUUACGUUUAUUUGCCGUAAAUGUGAAGAGGAGCCCCAACCAAAGAAACAAAAGGUGGACCAUGAGCAAGAAUUGCCUCAAUUGCCUCAUAUCCAAUCGACAAUCCCACCUAUUAGCUCUAUUUUACCACCUCUUAUUCACAACAAUACACAUGUGCAGGCACAAUCACCUCUAGAAGCACAAUCACCUUUAGAAGCACAACCACCUACGCUUUCACCACCUCAUGCUACCCUUAAACAAUUACCCUCAAUUGUACCACGACCUGUUCCCAUUGAACCUACGGUUACACCAACCAUUCAAUCUGCACCUCAUGUUCAACAACAUAUUACUACUGCUGGCUUAAUACCACCUGUUGAGAAGCCUAUUAAUGCCCAAUCUACAACAUCUGUUCUUGAACCACAGCUUGCUGCUCAACCUACUUUGCCUGCUUCAGAGGCACAGCAGCUUAUUGAACAAGCAUUACCUCCAGUUUCAACAGUAUCAACUCCUGCAGCCCCAUUAUUGCCCAUUGUUACUGCUCCUUCAGCACCGACUAUCCAGACAGCGGCACCUGCGGAUACGCCAGCAGGUUUAAGUCCAUCCACUGUAGUGCAAACACAAGCGACUGAAUUUUCAACCAUUGUGAAUCCAUCCACUUCCACCGUCCCACAAUGA